AGCUGUGGAAGCCAGAUGCAGACAAGGGGAAUGGAACUGUGUAGAACUGUGACAUUGGAUUCAGUGAAAAUGUUGGACUGGACAACAUGAAUUAGCUCCAACGACAGGUUUCUACAUAGGUAGAAGGGACAGUGUUCAAUGUAACUGUGGAUCAAGACUAUGUCCAAGAGGAGACACGCCAAAGAGAAGGCAGACAAGGCUGCCGCGGCUGCUGCAGCUGGGGCUGACGACGACAAAAGAUCAGAGGGUGCUCAAGAAUCAACGCCUGCUCAGACGUUUAAUUCAUACCAGUGCACCGGGAAUGUGGAGGCGGACUUCCCCGCCCUCUGUGCUCUUCUGAGUAUGGGCAGCACCCCAUUGGUCAGACAGGUGGCCUGCUCCUCAGCCAGCCCCGCCUCUCAGGCUGUGGAAAUUGCUGUACCUUGCAAAAGGGCAAUGAAGAAUCUUUGGUGGAAACAGCGCCUCCGCGUGGAGCUGGAGAGUGAUGACCCACUCAGUGCCAAGAGCAUAAGGAUCUCUGGAUGGAAGAUCGAUGAGCAGAUGACCAAAGUUCUGCAGAAGAUUCUUCCAUCCUUGAUUAAUCUACAAAGUCUUCAUUUCUGGCAGGCAGAUCUGACGGACAAGAUGGUGGCGUCUCUCCUCAAAACGGUGUCUGUGUGCUCCAACCUCAGGAUUUUGGCCUUGGAGGGAAACCCUCUCCCAGACGAGAGUUACCACUGCAUUCUCUCUGCAAAGAGUGUUCUGACUGAAGUGUCCCUGCGGAACAACCAGAUCGACGAUAACGCAGCUCUUGCGAUCGGAUCUGCAAUCUCCACGACCAGAACUUCAAACAAAAACCUCCUGUCACUGUGCCUGGCUUUUAACUGUAUCGGUGAUGAGGGCGCUGCUCAUAUAGCAAAGGGUCUGAGGUUCAAUCGUUCUCUGCUCUUUCUGUCACUAGCCCACAACCUGAUUGGAGACUCAGGAGCAGCUCAUCUGGCUGAGGUCCUGGGUGAGUUUGCUCUCACCCAUGAAGAAGUUGUGGAGCGAAGGAAACUUCUUCUGGAAAAACAGUCUUCGUGCCCUGACUCUGAACCAGCGUAUACAGACAAACCAACCUCAGUUCCCAGCAGCGUCUCUACAGUCUCUGUCAGCAAAGCGGAUAAAAAAGGCACACCCAAAAAAAAGUCACAGGGGGGCGCCAAAAAACGAGAAAAACCUGCCAGUAAAGAGAAGACCAAGAGAGUCUCUCAGGUUGAAAGCAAGUGUGAUGAGGAGAAACAACCAGAGGUUGAGGUGGUGAAGAUAGGGAACCCUUUGCUGGAUCCUCCACAAAAAAGAGAUGGACAACUUUUUCUGCCUGGAAACAAAAUACUGGCUUACCUGAACCUGGCAGGAAACAGAAUCACAGAGAAGUCACUGCCGUUGUUCUUGACCUCACUGGAGAUGCAGGGGGAGAAGGGUGGUCUGCUGCAUCUGUGUUUGCAGGUAGCAGGUCUUCAUCAUGUAACAGCUGAUAUCACAGCUGCUUUCCAAUCUCUUUCUCAGAGAAACUGUUUCCCAUCAGAGUGUGAGUCCCAUGACAAGAUACAGGAAUUGUUGACACCGAAACUGGAGAAAGAACCAUGGAAGCCAAUCCCAGUUACAAAUCCAGUAUAGUUUGAUUAGCACGGAUGAGAUGCAAAGGAAUAUACAUAUUUUUUUAUUUUAUAUAUAUUUAUAGAUUUCCAACAACUGUCACAAGACAUGUCAAAUGUUACAUAUCUGGUGAUGGUAUUAUAUUUAAUCACCUGUGUACAAAUUUGAAGACUU